UCUGCCCGCACUCUCCCCUCAGUCACCCGCUCGGGUAAGCGAGCGUUGCACAUGAGAUACGUGAACCUAACAGCUGAACUACGGCCGAGUACUCUCUUUUCCUAGUGAUUGUUACUGUGGCACAAUACACUCCGCGCACCUCAGCCCACGAGUCCUUGUAUGGGACCCUACCGGUGAAAGACAAACGUGAUCACUGAGGAACUUUAUUAUUACUGCUUUAGACUAUCAAACUUAAAGCUUGUACUACAGCUUCGCGUGCCGGUUCGCCAGGCUGAAACGCGACUUGCCAGCAACAGGUCGGUCAUCAUGAAGGAGAUGAAACUGAAGGAGCGGGAGCAGUGGAGCAGCAAGCUGGACUUCCUGCUGUCUGUGAUCGGCUUCUGUGUGGGUCUAGGCAACGUGUGGCGGUUCCCAUACCUCUGCUACAAGAACGGUGGCGGAGCCUUCCUGAUCCCCUACUGCGUGUGUGCCCUGCUGGGCGGGCUGCCCAUGUUCUUCCUGGAGGUGGGCAUCGGCCAGUUUAUGAGCGAGGGCGGGAUAUCUGUCUGGAAGAUGUCCCCGCUCUUCCAGGGUAUCGGCUUUGCGGCCAUCGUGGUGUGUAACUGGCUCAACGUGUACUACAUCGUCAUCAUCGCCUGGGCCCUCUACUACUUCAUCUUCUCCUUCCAGGCCGAGCUUCCAUGGACCACCUGUGACAACUGGUGGAACACGGAAGCAUGCGUGUCGUUCGCGGGAGUCGCGAACCACUCCCUCAUCCAUGAACUCAAAGCUAACAACAUCACACCCAAGGACUCUGUCGUCGAGUUCUGGGAUAAUCGCGUCUUGCAAAUCACGGACGGUGUGGACGUCCUCGGCACUAUGGUCUGGCCUCUGUUUGGCACUCUGCUCUUCUCGUGGGUGUGCACCUACUUCGCCAUCUGGAAGGGCGUCAAGGUUACCGGCAAGAUCAUGUAUUUCACAGCAACUUUCCCGUAUGUGAUGCUAACGGCUCUGCUGGUCCGUGGGGCGACGCUGCCAGGGGCUGCAGAGGGUAUUCGAUUCUACCUCGAGCCCAAAUGGGAGAAAAUCCUCGAUUAUCAGGUGUGGAAUGAUGCUGGUACGCAGGUCUUCUACUCGUACGCUGUGGCUCUUGGUGGCAUGGUCGCUCUUGGCUCCUACAACAAGUUCAACAACAACUUCAUGAAGCAGUGUGCCAUCUUGUGUGCUUGUAACUCCGGAACGUCUCUCUUCGCUGGGUUUGGAAUCUUCAGUAUCCUCGGCUUCAUGAGCUACCAACUGGAGCUGCCCAUGGAAGAGGUGGCUGAGGCUGGUCCUGGGCUAGCCUUCAUUGCUUAUCCUAAGGCCAUGGCAUCCAUGCCUCUGGCUCCCCUCUGGUCUGCACUCUUCUUCUGUAUGAUCCUCAUGGUCGGCCUUGACUCUCAGUUCGUCCAGGUGGAGUCUGUGAUCACUGCCAUCGUUGAUUUGUUCCCCGACUUCCUGCGUGUGGGCCGCCGACGUGAAGUCCUGGUAGGAUUCGUCUGCCUCUUUGACUUUGCCAUUGGCUGUACAAUGGUCACUCAGGGUGGAAUGUACGUCUUCCAAAUCUUCGACUCAUACUCUGCAAGUGGCAUCAUCUUGCUCUCCAUCUGUUUCUUUGAGUGUAUAGUCAUCGCCUGGGUGUAUGGCGCCAAGCGCUUCUCUGACAACGUGAUGAUGAUGCUGGGCCACGCUGUCAACCCCUUCUUCAUGAUCUGCUGGCGGUUCAUCACUCCACUUCUCACCUUUAGUAUGGUUAUCUUUGCCAUGGUGUUCCAUACACCCUUGACCUAUAACAAGACCUAUGUGUAUCCUGUGUGGGCACAAGCCCUGGGCUGGCUCCUGGUGGUUGGUUCCUUGACAUGGAUCCCUGGAUAUGCACUUUACAAGUUCUUCCAGUAUCCGGGUACCUUCAGAGAGAAGUGGAUUGCUUCUACACGCCCAAUCUUGAAAGCCCACCAUCUCAGACCCCAGGACUGGCAGGAUAACCCUGAGCUCCAGUACAAGAAAACUUUAACUAUGGACCCACUCACAGAAACUGCAUAAACGUUCCUCAGCUGCAGAUUCCUCAAAGUUUCCACAAUGAAAUAAGUGAAGGAAAUAAAGAAACAUCCUUUUGCUUCAUCCGAGAUGUUUCAGUACCAGAGAUCCUCACUCUAUGUACUGAUACAGUACAUGAAUCACUAUAUGCCCCACUACAGGGGUGACAGAACGGUCACCUGUAUGCCUUGCUUUAGGGGCAAGUAACAGGAUACAUGUCUACAAGGUGUUGGCAAUUGCAGUUAAUCCAUAUUUAAUGUGGAUUUACAUUGUCAUGCACACUGUGGUCUAUAAGAAUCAUGGAGUCUUCAUACAUAUAGUUAUGUUACUUCAGAUCUGCUACAAGCAACUAGCCAGGAUGUAUUGUUAUUAACUAAUUUAUAAGGUGAAAAUAAGUAUGAAUUUAAUUACUACAGUAUUCAAAAUGAAGAGCAAAUUGUAUUACCUAUAAAUUGAACAGUGAUUCUGGUACUUCUUGUGUACCAUAUCCUGGUCAGCUAAUUUAGGCAGGGCACGUGCAGUAUUUGUAUGAAGUAUUAACAGGUAGAAGCACUAGUGACAGCUACACACCUGCCACACUAUCAUCAUAUGACCCUGCUUGAUAACAAUGGCGCAGCCCAAUGUUGACACAAUACAUCAAUGAGAACAUUGUCCUCGUGCAAGUAAUUUCAGUAUUAAAACACGUCUAUUGACAGACACUGCACAAAUAUUAAUGUUGGUGUUCCUGGAAAAGUAAAAAAUCACUCACACAGUGCAUGUGUCAGAGGAUAUUGUUUCUCCAUUAAAGGCCAUGUUAAGUACGAUUGUUUCUCCAUUAAAGGCGAUGUUAAGUAAGAUUCAGAAGCAUCUGAAGCCAAGCUCUGGUUGCUACUAGGCUACACAGUAUUGGAAUUUUUAGCCUGUUUUGUGCUGUACGAUAUUAGAAUUAAGCCCCUAAGAGGGAAUGAGUUUAAGUACUAUAUAGAAAUUCUAUGUAGGAAGUGUUCAAAGUAUAUAUUUAGGUUGUGUCAGAUGCUGAAACAGCAUCGAUCAUCAAGAAUUUGCCACAUUUUGAUCUGUUAAUUUCCCAUCUGACAUUUGUUUAUAGUCAUUGUUCUCAUCCUUCUCAUGCCUCAUUGACUUUGUGCAUAUUCAGUAGUUAUUAAUUGUAUCAUAUAUUUUCAUGUGUCAUAUAUUACAAAUAUACAUAGCUUCAUAAUGCUAUCCAUACAUAAUUCGUAACACCAUGCUAAGACGUUUCUUAAUUGGUUGAGUGAACUGGCCAAGAAUAAUCAUGAAAGAAAAGGCCAUUCUCAGCUGGUUUCCUCUAACCACUGUUAUGUUACACAUAAUUAGCCUUCAGUCUGUCACACAUAUUUGAGUUUAUUUUAUAACGAAGUUUGUUGUAACGGCUUGUGGAACUAAUUGAUCUGUUUGGGUCCAGCUACUUCAAGGUUCCAAUAUUAGAUCCUCUGAGCAGCACACAUCAACCCCUUUGAGCUAAAUACAAUGUAUGAAUGCACUCUUUUUUAUUGAGCAGGAAAUGAACCUGCAAGCAACAGGACAGAGACAUAAACGACUGGUUUUGGCUUGCAUAAAACAUUUUCAAUGAGAUGUCUUAGAUACAACUGACAUGGGUACUCAAGAUUUUGUGAAUAUCAAUAUUGAUUGGAGGAGUGCCAAAAAUGACUAAGACUGUCAAUUUAGAAAACCAGGAUUGCUGCAGCAAAUUGUAGUUACACGUGGCAACUUUGCCAAACAGAUAAACCUACAGGGUUUACACCAAGCUGGGAAAAUUUAUCAGGAAAGUUGAUAACUUUGCACCACAGCCCAAGGUAACAUUUCACCUUGCAUUCAGGGAGUAUGAAGAUCACAUCUGAGCUCUGUGAACCCCCAUUAAUACAGUACUGCCUCCCAGUUGCUGCGAGUGCUUAGCCUCACACAUGGUUCCCAGUUGUUGAGUGCGAGUGCAAAGCUAAACAUGUGGCUCAUGGUUGAGUGAGUGAGUGCUUAGCUUCACACAAGGCUCUCAGUUGAUGAGUGCAGUUAAACUUCUCUAUAAACUAUUUUUAUUUAUUCACUCCAGUUUUUUAUUCAUUAUAUGCAUACAUUAAUUGCCAUUGGUAUAUUACUUGUUUUAUAGUCAACAUAUUUAUUGCAAAAUAUUUUUGUAUAUCAUGUUAGCAUACAUUUUAAAUCAUGUUAUGCUGUAUUUAAAUUUUUAUUUAAAACUUCAAUGUUUUUUCAAUUAAAUAUUCAUCUUCCUAUCCACACAUAAUUUGAAGUCAGAAAUUAACAUAACUUUCGUAUAGCUGUACUAUACUUUAUUUUUUCACAUUUUACAUGAAUUUUUAAUAUUAGAAAAUCAAGGUUCCUGUUAUUAGGGGCUUUCUCUAUUGAAUAUUUGACAGGUUGAAAAAUUUAAGAUUAUUUGAACUAAUGACUUCCUGUAUGACCAUCACCAUUUCUCCAUUACAAAUAUAGCAACACGUAGUGUAAACCUGUUUCUGCCAUCACAAACACCAGAAACCUGCAGGGUAAACCCAUUCAGUUUUCCCAUCACAAACACCAUCAACCUGUAAGGUAAACGCAUUCAAAUUUUGCAUCACAAAAACAAACAGCAGCAACCUGUAGGGUAAACCCAUUCAGUUUUCCCAUCACAAACAGCAGCAACCUGUAGGGUAAACCCAUUCAGUUUUCCCAUCACAAACACCAGCAACCUGUAGGGUAAACCCAUUCAGUUUUCCCAUCACAAACACCAGCAACCUGUAGGGUAAACCCAUUCAACUUUUGCCAUCACAAAACAAACAGCAGCAACUUGUAGAUUAAACCCAUUCAAGUUUUCUAUGUUUCACUCACACUUGAAAAUAAUCACUUCUCAAAACUAUAUUUAAUUGUUAAAAUGUAAACAGACUGUGCUAGGCUCAGAGAAGGGGCAGAAAAAAGAAUUUUUGCAGUAAUCAAUUGAGCUCUUUCCUGACUUUUCUUAAGCUUGGCCUUAAAUGUAGCAUGGAGCUAGAAUCAGAAAAUGAUUGAAAGGAAAGUGGUCUAUUGGCUAGCUGCAAAACUAUAUUUUCUUACUGUAAAAUAAAUAUAUGGUGUUAAAUGAUAAAUAAAUAACAAUAAAUUC